AUGUACAAAUUCAUCAAGGUCUGCUGUGUGGUGAGCACUACGACAACUAGAUUUAAUAGGCUGAUAAUUGUAAAGAGGUGUCAGAACAUGAGCGUCCAUCUCGUUUUUACGAACAUUCGUGAUUUGCAAGUUUCAUCCGCAGUCGAUCCUAUUUUUGCUGAAAGCUAUCAUCAUAUUCCUUAUUCGUGGUCUAUUUUUUAUAUUCCGUCUUCAAAAAAAUUAUCUUCACAAGCCAAUGUAUUUGAUUUUGCUAACGGUGAUUUUCAACAGUUAAAUUACUUUUUAGCCUCUAUUAAUUGGGUCAAUCUUUUUUCUGGUCUUGAAUUAGAUGAUAUGGUCUUUAAGAAAUCUGGCAGAUAUGAUGGCUAUGAAUAUUUUAAAAUCUUAAGGACCCACUGUAAAGAACUUAACGAAAAUCUAUAUAAUUCCUACCUUUCUAAAGUCAGCAACAGCAUUACGAAUAAUCCACAGUUCUUCUGGAAAUUCAUUAAUGAUAGGAAAAAAAGUAGUGGUAUUCCUUGUGAAAUGCAAUAUUUCCAGAAGUUUGCCAAAACUGAAGACGCCAACAAUGAUUUUGAUCAAGAAUUUGAUGGUAUAAAUGAAGUACCUGAUUCUGGACUGAAAGUUGAGUUAUCAGAAGUUUUUGAAAAUAUCGCUCGUCUUAAACAUUCUUUCCAUCCUGGAGCUGAUGGCAUUCCAAACGUUCUGCUGAAGAACUGCAUUUACACAAUUACAAUGCCCUUGUGUGAACUUUUCAAAGUGUCUUUGUCUCAGGCCAAACAAUUGGAAUGGAUUUCUUCUUCUAUCAUCUCCAUCAAACAACACGGUUUCCGCAAACAAAGAUCUACUAGUACUAAUUUAAUGGAAUAUUAUUGUUAUUUAAAUGAAGCUUUUGAUAAAAAACUACAAGUGUAUUCCGUGUAUACUGAUUUUUCAAAAGCCUUUGAUAAGGUAAAUCAUAGGUUAUUAUUCUGUAAAUUGCGUCACUUAGGGUUUAACAAUAAUACCGUUAAAUGGUUAACAUCAUUCCUGUCGGAAAGAUCACAGCAAGUUAGGAUUGGUAGUUACAUGUCGUCUCCUUAUUUGGUUCCAUCAGGCGUACCUCAAGGGUCGCACUGUGGACCAAUUUUGUUUUUACUGUUCAUUAACGAUUUAAUGCGUGGCUUUCGUUACUCCAAUUUUCUGUUGUAUGCGGACGAUUUGAAAGUAUUUAAAACUGUUAGUUCCGUGAAAGAUGCACUUGAAUUACAAUCAGAUCUUAAUAUAUUAUACGAUUGGACAGAAAACAACUUAUUGCCUUUGAAUGUUAACAAGUGUCUUAUUAUAUCAUUUCUUAAUAUCAAACUGAGGGUGAACUUAGACUAUUAUUUGGGUAAUUCUAUCUUGUCUCGUGUUGAGGAAGUCAAAGAUUUAGGUGUGCUCGACCCUUGGGAUUUCGUUCGUGAAGUGAUUUGUGCGUUGGUAUGCUGCUUGCAAAACUUUCUGUUUCCUGGGGAAUUUCGACCGUUGCGCUUAGAAAGCAGUUAA